AUGGCCUUGAAAUCCGACGACCCCUCUAUUGGGUUCCACCACGACGGGGUGGUGGCCUUCAUCAACGAGAAAACAGACCUGCACGCGAAAGGCCCCGAAUUCUACCUCGAGAAUAUGUCCGUGUCUUGGGAGGAGGUGGAGGACAAGCUUGGGGCCAUCCUGGAGGACAGUGCGGUGCCCUGUGAGGCCAAGGAGGCUUGUGCCUGGGGCGGCCUGGCCCUGGGCCUGCGCUUCACUUGCAGGCAAGGGCAGUUACAGGAGCGCAGGAUGCAGUGGAUGCAGGAAUUCUCUAGACUGCACAGGUCGGCCGCGCAGGCCCUCGCCUCAGACCUGAAGAUGCUUACGACGCAGCAGGAGAUGGAGCGCAAGGAGGCAGCCUUCCGGCUGCAGCUAACCCAGGCCAGUCUUGAGGAGGCGCGGAAGGAGCUGGACCUGCUGAGGUGGCAGCUCCUCCAGGAUCUGGGGUCUCCCCUAGAGCGGGCCGCAGGGUGGCCAGGGCCGGCCACUGCUGGUGGAGCCGUGACCGCAGGAGAAGGAGAGGAAGAAGAGGCGGCGGUGGCAGCUCAGGAGCAUGGCCUGGCAUCGGCGAUUGCUGCCAUUGCUACUAGUCCUGAAUGUGCCGCAGUGGAGGCUGCUGGUACCUCUGGAGGAGGAAGAGAGGAGGAGAGGGAGCUGGGUGGAGGCCUCAUGCAGCUUCUAGGAGCUGUGGAGCCAAAAAAGUACACCUCUGGAGGGCAGAGGGAGGGAGAGCUCAGGUCAGUGGAAACAGCCACGUUUUAUUUCUCUGAGACCCAGAAGCUGGGAUCCAUAGCCUCGCCUCUUCCUGUCCGACUCCCUGACUCAUUCACUUACUCAUACACAUGUACUUUAUCACCAUUCAUAGUCGCACCCACACCAUCCCCACCACCAUCAACCCCACCUCAGAUGCCUCCCUUUUGUGGGGGCUCUUAUGCUAGCUUGUGGUUUGAUGUGGGGACCCAUGGAAUAGACCUUCAGGAACAACAGAAAGGCAGGAGAGACUCCGAACCCCAUCAGAAGAGAUUUCCAACAGUGCGCAGGCCAGGGGAUUGGGACUGCCCUUGUAAAGCCAUGAAUUUUUCAUGGCAGGCAACUUGCUUCUGCUGUGGGAGAGGAAUCGGGCUACAACACUCUCAGUAA